ACAGACGGCUGCUGGAAGUUGCCCCACGGAAGCGGCAACGUGCUUUGCUCUCAAGGAAGCGGAGAAGCAGAGGGAAACGCGGGAUGGAUCGUGGCUGAAAAAGCAGACCCGCACGGUUUUUGCUCGAAAACUCCCAUAUCCUUUCAUGCUUGCGGCCGGUGCGGUUAUAAAAGCACUCAACACGCCUUCCAUUCAACGCUCUGCUUUCAAGAAGUUCAAACAAACCUGAACCUUGGGUUGGCUAGAGAGAGUUAUUUUAUCUUAAUCUUCCUUGGCCUCUGCUCUGAUCAGCGUUUACUCAAUGGAGGAGCAGGAACUUGUCUCCACAUUUCUUGAAAUCACAAUGAGCAAUUGUAGGGAUUCUGCUGCGAACAUCCUCAAGGAUGCAAGAUGGAAUAUUCAUGCUGCUAUUGAAUUAUUUUUUGACCGUGAUGAUUCUCUUGGAGAAGCAACAACAUCGCAAUCUAAUCCUCAUUCCAAUUUAUUAUUUACUGACAUUACACCAACUGGUUGGGGCUCAGAAGAUGAAAAUGACAUUGAUAAUGACCCAGCGCGUCAUGAUUUUGAUGUCAUUGUCCACCAUCCUAUAUAUAGGGGUUGGGGCUCAGAGGAUGAAAAUGAGGUUGGUGAAUUUCAAGAACAUGAUGAUAACGAGAAUAGGUUAGAAUCUAAUGCUGGAACUGAUGAAGAUUCUGAUUGGAAAGAAGAAGAAGAAGAAUUUCAUGAAACAAAUUUACCUGCAAUACACUUAAUGUUCUAUGGUUGCUUUUUUGAGGCAAAGGUACAGGCUUCCAGUCAUGAUAAAUGGUUAUUAGUACAUGUGCAACAAAGAAAGCAGUUUAACUCGCAUGUGCUAAAGAGAGAACCAUGGUCAAAUGCCACCCUUCAAGAGCAAUUGAGUUCACAUUUUGUAUUUUGGGAGACUUAUCACGAAGACAUUGAGGGAAAAAAAGUAUGUUGUUUUUACAAGGUGACGACAUUGCCUGUAAUUAUGGUCAUUGAUCCCAUAACAGGUGCAAAAAUAUAUGUUUGCCAUGAAAUGAAGCAACCAGAGAGCUUAUUAGAGGAUUUGAUGAUGUUUUAUGAUAGAAGUCCAAAGCAGUAUCUUGCUGAGAGCUUACAAAGAAAAGAUGAUAAUGUUUCAUCUGACCAAAUAGAAAAUGAAGUAGCACAACCUAAGGAAAUCAGUUCUGCAGUGAUAACAAAACCAGGUUAUCCCCCUCUUCCUGAAGAGCCUACAGACGAAAAGCUCAUUUGCCGAGUAGGAAUAUGCCUUCCUAAUAGCCAGAGAGUGCGGAGGAGCUUCCUUAAAACUGAUCCAACAAAGUUGUUAUGGUCUUUCUGUUCAACUUUGCUGGAGGAAGAAGAAUCUCAGAGUUUCCAUUUCAUAGUUCCCAACUCUCCCAAAUUAUUUUAUGAUAAUGAUGCAACAUUUGAGGAGGCUGCUUUAUCUAACACCCUUUUAAGACUUGGCGUGGAAAGAGUUAAUUAGCUAAAUGUUAUUAGCACUUAGUUUUUAAACUUUUUUUUUUAUUCCCACGGUUUUAAGUACUUAUGUUAAUUAAGAUAUUUACAUUUCUUGAAGGAGUUUGUAGUUUGUACGUCAUUUAGAGGACAAAAGAAGAAUUACAAUGCAUUACA